AAGACAUUUCAAUGCAAAUCAGAUAUCAGAUAGCAAGGUAUAUUUAAAACUACCCGCAAUGUAUAUCGCUGCUAACAUGUAAAUAUAUGCAUUCUACUUCGUGUAAAACGGAAUAGCCUAAUAAUUUUGGAAUAUUUGUUCGUAAUUUUCGUGUGAUAUGGCAGAUAAAUCUGAAAUUAAAACACAGACGAGUAGAAUUUUUAAUGUAGAUGUCUUGGAGAAAACACUGAAAGCAGACUCAAAAGGAAAUGAUGAAGAUGGGGGCGAUAAGCCAAAAUUCAAAAUUAAACUUAAGUCAUCUGCUUAUCCACUGGAUGAAAAGAUUUUGAAAAUUAUCUUCGCCACCUUUCUGUUAAUCAUUGUGUUUGGAAGUUGCUUCAUUGCAAGGAUCACUUUGCAUAUUUUGAUUUGGCAUAUCACUCCACCGAUAGAAACAUCAGAUUCUGUGAUAAAUACUCUUGGAGGUCUCCUGGUCUCUAACUGUUCCAUCUGCGAUACCAGUACCAGUAAUACGACCACGUGCUCGCCUCAUUCUACAGCAGUUGACAAGACUUGGAUUUGGGCUCUAUUUCUCGUUAUUAUUUCACCGUAUCUCCUGACAUUUUUCUCAACAUUGUUUAGAUUAUGCUUCAAAUCGAAUGCACCGUUGAACUGUGGAGUUCUUUUAGCGGUACUUUUGAUAGAAACGAUUCAUUCCAUUGGAGUAUCCAUAAUCGCAUUUCUAGUACUGCCUGCAUUUGAUCCAGCUUCCGCUUCCGUUGUUUAUUUGGCUGUUGCAGUAAUACCACCUAUGAUAGAUAUAAUGGAUAAAACCAUAAAUGAAAGUAAAGAAGACGGCACUGAGAAAAAAACAAAAAUUCCUCCACGCAGGGAGACUUCGAUGCUUUCAUUUUCUUUUCCGAUUUUUGGAUUUCUAUUUCAAAUCGUAGGAAUAGUUCUAAUAGCUCGUUACAUAAAAAUCGGUUGGUUGAUGGGUAUGUUCUUCAUGUCGGCCAUUUUUACGUCCAUUAAGUAUUGGGAGAACUUCGUUGCUAUUGGUGGAGACAGCUCAAUGUUCCUUCGGAAGAUGAAAUGGGAACUGCAUAAAGGGAGAACUAAAGUAGCGUGUCUGGUCAGCUUUUGGAAAAUAAUCGUCACUUUCAUUGUAGUAAUGGUUAUAUUUUCGACCCAAGGUAAUGACUCUACAUCGGCUCUGAGGUCGCUUUUCAACUCUGGGAUUUCAUCAUUGACUACUGCAUUUGGAGAUCACACAUUUGGAAACAAUCCAAUCUGCAGGAAUCGUGCUCCAUUCAUAGUAGCUGUUAUAAGCAUAUGUUGUGAAUAUCUUUGUUACAAAGCAUCAAAAACUGUAUGCGUAAUCAAUUGUCAGCGGGUUGGCUUUAGUAUUCCGUUAACUAUAGUACCUAUAGCUACGACAUUAACAUUAGUUAGCAUGAUGCACCAACCUGACAUUUUGAAGUUUAGUUCCUGCGAUUUACUAUUUUCUACCUGGUGUAUACGUGGGCUUGAUCAGCUGGUUGGAAACUGCACUGAAUUAUUUGUUGCAUUCUUUGUACUUAUUAUCUCCAUACUUUUGAUUACCAGACAUAUAUGGAAAGUCAACGGUUACAAACAUGGCGAAACAGCAAGGAUGUUUGUAUCUAAUUUCUAUUGCGCACUAUUUAUUGACCUGUCGCUGUUACUGAAUCGGAGGAGAAAUGACAAAGAAUACAGUUUUGUCUUAUCUAAGGUAUCCAUUUUGAACACUAAUAAAUUUCAUUAG